GGGUGCGGGUGGGGAAGGGGCGUGUGCCUCAGUUCUGCGGCUCACCAAUUCCCGCUAUCUCUGAGCACACCCAGUGGGUGGCGACCCCUACAUGCUCCUUCUUUCAGUAACGUUUGUGGUUUAAGAACCGCAGUGUCAUCGCGGGGUCAGAGGCUUGGCCCAAUUCUCAAAUCGCCUGAGCUGGGUAGACAAGAGUUUAAAACCUGUUUGGUGGUUUUGGACCCCUAAGGCUCAGCAUUUCUUAUCUCGAAACACAUCAUGUAGAUGGUGCUGACAAACCAUAUUAAGGGGAAACUGGUAUAUUUACAUAUGCAUCAUGUCCAAAAUGGUGGUCUUCCGUGUGGGACUUGGUGUGGUCCUGGGAGCAGCUGCAGGGAUAGGUCUCUUCUACUACUUCUACAAACAAAAGAGAAAAAAGCCCCAACAAAGAUCCAAAUCACCAAACGUACAGAGUCAACAUAAUGCUCUGGACCCUAAAGAACACACACAAAUUCUACAGCCUUAUAAUCAGGUUCCACGGAUGAGACAAGCACCAGUGGAAGGUGGUGAUAGCAUCCCAUAUACAGCACAUCUAACACAAGAAGAACAGGCUGAAGUGCUGAACCGUCUGGACUUUGUGCUCAAAAGCCUUAUAGAACUGCGACAUGAAGUGGAAGAGUUGCGGAAUAGCCUGCGGGGUUUAGCAGGAGAGAUUGUUGGAGAAGUCAGAACCCAACUAGAAGAAAGCCAGAAGGUUAUUCGGCGGAGGCGUACUGUAUAUCCCAGAGAAAGGAGUGAUUCCACAGGUUCCAGCUCUAUAUAUUUCACAGCCAGCUCUGGAGCUGCCUACACUACUGAUGGUGAAAGUGAGGGAGGCUAUACUACAGCCAACGCAGAGUCUGAUUAUGAUCGCGAGUCUGAUAAAGAGAGUGAGGAAGGAGAAGAUGAAAGAAGUUGUGAGACUGUGAGAACGGGAAGGAGGGAUUCCUUAGACCUUGUCAAUGAGGAUGAAACACUGACUUUGGACCCUGCUACAGACGAAGCACUUCGUCAGUUGCUCCAGCAAGCAGAUCGCUUGCACAGUGGGAGCGAACAGGAGAAGAGAGAAGGAUUCCAACAGCUGCUUAACAAUAAACUAGUGUAUGGUGACAAGCAGGAUUUCCUUUGGCGCCUGGCCCGAGGUUAUAGUGAUAUGUAUGAAAUCACGGAGGAUGCAGAUGAGAAAUUAUCUUAUGCGUCUGAUGGAAAGGAUGAGGCAGAAACAGCUUUGCAGAUGGGAGAUCAAAGUGCUGAGUGUCACCAGUGGUAUGCCAUUUUAUGUGGCCAGGCUUCAGAACACGAAAGUAUACAAAAACGCAUACAAGCAGGGCACACUUUUAAGAAACAUGUAGACAAAGCAAUUGCUCUGAAACCAGAUGACCCUAAAUCUUACUAUCUCCUGGGCCGGUGGUGUUACCAGGUCUCUCAUCUGGGAUGGUUGGAAAGGAAAACUGCUGCUGCCUUGUAUGAAGAACCCCCCACAGCCACUGUUCAGGAUGCACUGCAGAAUUUCUUAAAGGCCGAAGACCUGAGUGCUGGUUUUUCAAAAGUGGGAAGAAUAUACAUUGCCAAGUGCUACAAGGAACUAGGAGAUAACUCGGCAGCUGCUCACUGGCUGAGUUUGGCUUCAGAGUUGCCAGUCAUCACAAAAGAGGACGCUGAAAGCAGUAGAGAGAUGGAAGAGAUUGAAGCAAAUUCAGAAGGCUAAGCAAGUUGAAAGAUCUGUCUGCAUAAUAGUUGUGCAAAUGCAGUGAAAGUUCCAGUCUGAAAGGUUUCACAGUCAUUAUUAUCCUCGCUGGGCUUCAUGAACAUGCCGCAGAAUGAAAAUGAAAAAUCAAACUGUAGUUUCAGCAGUCCUUUUUCAAAGAAUUAGGCUGGCAUGAUAGUCAAAGAAAAGUGAUUCAGCUCAUAUCCCUUGAUUGCUAAAUCAGUAUGCUCAAGUGUCCUCAAAACAGAAGUUACCAAGUUGGUUAUUUUUUCAUGCUUGUGUUUUGCAUAUUCACCAGCCAAACAUUUCCAAGACACAUUAAUUGCACACUUCCUUAAUUGUGAUGUGAUCAACAUGGCACUUUGUGUGUUAAUCCUGUUUUCGUAAUGCAUUAGAAAUUAAUCAGUAAAAAGAAGGCCUAUAUUAGAUGUGAUGGCAGAAUUAGGCACAAGAUCUCCCAUGGUUUUUAGAUUAAAGGAGACCUGGGGAGGGUUUUUAAAAGGUUUCUCAUUUAAAAACAGUUUCCCAUUUAGAAUCUCCCCAGCUAUAUGUUAGGUAUAUACCCAAUACCUUUAUGUUUUCCAGUUUAUUUGCCAUAAGACAAAUAGCUUGAACUGGGUGGGUGGGUGGAGUAAAUUUGGGAAUAAGGUUUAUGGGAAAGCUUUAAUUGUCCCCUUUUCUAAUACCCCACACUUGUAGUGAUCAGCAGGGCAAGGUGGCAUUGCUUACCUGGCUUCCCAGCAUAGAGGUUGCUGCUGGUAAAUAGGAAGGGGAGGAGCAAGGCAACGGGGAGGUUGGUGCUGCGCAGGUACAAUAGCAGGACCAAUCCAAUAUUCCCAAUGCUGCAUCUGCAUCAAUCCAUGUCACUUGGUCCCUUUCCUUCUCUGCUACUGGCAGUGACUUCACAUUAGGAAGCCAGGUAAGCAAUACUGCUCUACUGGCCCACAGCCUCAGCCUAAACCCAAUUACUGCUUUGAUCUAAAUGGAAAAAGGCAACAGAUCUUGUUUUCUGGAUUCCCCUGUGUUGCAUCUAGUUUGAACUGGGUGUAUAAGGUAGAAUUAUAGAUCACGGCUUCCUCUGGCAAAGUGAUUAAUGCUUAAUCUGUGGACACAUGACACUCUGUUCACUGCACAUGAUAAAUAUUGUUGACGUGGCCAUUUUUACUCAAGGCAGCGUAGUACUGUCACUUUCCAUUGCCUCCAUUGUUAAUAUCCAGGUGGGGAUUGAUAGGAGAACAUUGGGUGCCAAUACAAUAUUCCACGAGCUAGACUUCUGUUUGAGCCCUUACAAAUAACUCUGAAAAUAUUUAUUGUGUCCAACACAUGCACCUUAUAAGCUAUAUGCAUAUUCAACUAGCUGCUUGUGGACUUUGUGUUCCUUUUGGAGUACUCCACUUCUUCUGCACAGUACGCUAUAACUGGCACUGCCAUUCAUUAAAGCCACGAGGAGCACCCAGCAGAAAAACUUAGAAAAACCUUAAUGUUGGGGGACCAAAUAAUUUGCCUUCAGUUUCUGGAGGUGUUUGAAAGAACUAACAUCACUGCUGCAAAGGGCAAUUAAAAUCUGUUUUAAGUUUAAGGAAUGAAAACAAAAGAGUUUUCUUCAUCUGCUGGCCUUUAACAGUAUAUUCCAAGAUAUAUUUUUAAAAUUAUCUUUCAUUCCUUCUCUUCAGCCAUGAGCAUUACCUGCCUACUGUAGAAUACAGUAUAGGGGGAAAUUCUUGGUUCUGAAAGAGAACCAAGCUCUAUUUUCCAGAGCUGUCACUGAGUUGUACAGAAUAUGCAAUGCCUAAGAGGUGGAAUUAAAUUACCAGUUAGUUUCAGCCUGUUGUAAACCAAACAAUCUUACUACUUCCAGAGCGCAGAAUAAUUCUGUUUUCUGUGUGUUGUAAUUUUUGCCAGGAAUUCAAGUGGGAUUUCUCAGUCCCCUUGAAACCUAAUUUACAGCUCACUUUAGCUGGAUAAUUAAUGAUUUUUAUGGAAUACACGCUGCUGUGUUUAACAUUUCUAGAAAACACAAUUAGAAUAUUUUAUAUAAAAAUCAUCUAAUCUAGUCACCCAAAUAUGUAUAUAACAUUACACUAGAAUUUCUUUUUAACAUUACAACAAAUCAAGUUGGAAGACAAGAAAUAUUUCUGUCCAAAGAUUUUCCUUGUGCGCAUUUUCCUGUUUCUUAAUUCAUAUUUAUAUCUAAAAACAUUAGAUAGGCUUCACCCUAGUCCUAUAAACGUUCAGAGAAGCAAGUACUUUUAUAGCCCUAUUUUUACUGUGCUCACAAGGAAAUGCAACUCGGUUAAGAUUGCAAAAUCAGAAAUGUGGGUUGUAUUCAAGUUAAGUUGUACUCAGAGUAGACCCACUGAAAUAAAUUAACCUACAUUAGUCAUGUGCAUUAACUUCAGUGGCUGAACUCUGAGUAAGAGAAGUAUUGCAUACUUCCCUUUGAGUAGGUGGCAGUGUUAUGUAUUCUUGUGACCAUGUGGUUUGGAUGAGAACAUACUGCCAACUACUAAAUCACUAGGGUAGUUCCUUGCAUGUUCAAACUGACUGGCCAUAAAAUGUUCAGUGAAGGGUUCCUCAAGUUAAUUCAACAUAGUGAAAGUUUCCCGAUAUUUAAAGGUUUGUAUAAAUGCCUGAAAUAAUACUUGUUUUAAAUACAUUAAGUCCUUGGAUCAA